AUGGGGCUAUCACUGACGAGGGCCGCCCAGUGGACCCCAGCCAGCUCUGGUACUGGCAAACUUGAGUCCACGCCAAUGAAUGAGUCCUUGUUGAAGGAAAUCCUGAGCUUUGUGGAGCAGUUUGGCUCCCAACACCCACAUGAGGCCUUGCAUGUGUUUCAAGAACCUCUCCAGUGGAGUACCACUUUAGUGGCAUCUGAUUUCAAAACAGACUAUGACAUCAGUGACUCAGAUGUGCUGUCCAGUGAGAGAGACAGUGAAGGGCUUCCAUUGUUGCAGCUCUCCCCUCCUACUGUUAAGGUACGCAGCUUCAGCCAGCUCUCCAAACUAGUUCAUCUGGCAGAAGAUAAGAAGGUGGAAGAGGUUCAAGCAUGUCUAGAAGAAAAUAGAUACCCCCUGGUUAAGAUUCUUGGUUCCAGUGUUGCCAGCAUUCUGCAGAGAGAAGACACCGAUACUGACGUGCUAAGUCUGGUGGACAAAGUGAAAGAUCAGGGAAAGGACUCCGAGGUCAAGGUCAAGCUGUUCCUGUUGCUCCAAAAUCUGGAUAACAAGCUCCUCAGCAAGUGUCUUGAAGAGAUAGCCGGGAAAGUCAGGCUUGACCCCACCGCAGUGAAGAAUGAAGUGGAUUCACUGAAACAGUCAAGCAUUGAAGGGGAAAAGAGGGUGUUGAAGUCCAUUCGAUACACAUCAGAUUAUACCUUUUCAAAUGGCUGCCGUGCCCCGCCGUGGAGACAGGUUGAUGGCGAGAUGUGUUACCUAGUGAUCGAGCCAUGUGACACCGAGACCCUCUGCGUCACCUGCAGCACUGCGGGAGUUUUUGUUAAUGGGGGCGUAAAACAGGAGGGGGAGGAAAGUGGCUACGUGCGAACAAGUGAUGUGUUCAAAGACCUGCGCACCCUUCUGAAGAGCAGAUCUCCACAUUUUGCCGGGAACAUCAACACGCAGGACUUUGCAGUGCAAGAACCUCCAUCAGCACAAAACGUCCAGCAUGUGGAACCGGUUGACGCGGAGGAACAAGGCCAACCCCAGAGGUCUUACGAGCAACAGGAAAAGAAUGUGCAUGAGAAGGCAAGGCUGAACAAGGCAGGCGGCGAGAAGAAAUAUGAACCAUGUCCGAGAUGGAGGAAUCUCGGCCUCGCGUCUCCAUGCGGUGAAGCGGGGGGAAAGAAACACAGUAAGAGCUCUGGAGAGGAGAAGUCUGAUGAAAUACAGAAGAGAAAGCUGGGAGCAGGAGCCAAAGGAAAGAUGAAAGCAGAAUUAUCUGCGUCCUCUUUACCUGGCCGCCUGUCAUCACCGAAAAUUAAGACCCCAGCAGGAUCAAUGCCAUUGGACGCUUUCAGUGAGAGUUCAUCUGAGAGUGAAGAGGAGGAGGAGCAGCCAGAGCGCCGUCAGGAGAGCAACACGGACCUGCCUUCUGAAUAUUGGCAGAUCCAGAAACUGGUGAAGUACCUCAAGGGAGGCGACCAGACAGCUACUGUGCUCACUCUGUGCGCCAUGAUGGACUUUAAUUUGAUGCAGGAGACAUGCCAACUGGCCAUCCGGGAUGUAGGUGGCCUUGAAGUCCUCAUUAACUUGCUGGAUACAGAUGAAGUCAAAUGCAAAAUUGGCUCCCUUAAAAUCCUGAGGAAGAUAAGUCACAACGUGCAAAUCCGUCGAGCCAUUGUCGACAUGGGAGGCCUGCAGAGCAUUGUGAGGAUUCUGGACUCCCCGGUGAAGGACCUCAAAGCCUUAGCAGCCGAGACCAUCGCUAACGUGGCCAGGUUCCGCCGAGCAAGGCGAACCGUCAGGCAGUACGGCGGUAUCAAAAAACUGGUGAAGCUGCUGGGCUGUGUUCCUGAUUUAGCCAGCCUGAGUGCAAACCAGGCGAAGGAUGUGGAGGUGGCUCGCUGCGGCGCUCUGGCACUGUGGAGCUGCAGCAAGAGCACCAAGAACAAGGAGGCCAUCCGGAGGGCCGGGGGCAUCCCUCUGCUGGGACGCCUGCUCAAGUCUCCACAUGAGAACAUGCUCAUUCCUGUGGUGGGCACGCUGCAGGAGUGCGCCUCAGAGGAGAGCUACAGGAUUGCCAUUCAGACUGAGGGCAUGAUCAAGGAUCUGGUUAAAAACCUAAGCAGUGACAAUGAUGAGCUACAGAUGCAUUGUGCCAGUGCAAUCUUCAAGUGUGCAGCGGACAAACCGACUCGUGACCUGGUGCGCGAGUACAAAGGUCUGCAGCCGCUGGUUUCUCUGCUCAGCAAGGCGGGCAACAAGCAGCUGCUGGCCGCCGCCACCGGAGCCAUCUGGAAGUGUUCCAUCAGCAUAGAGAAUGUGGCUAAGUUUCAGGAGUACAAAGCCCUGGAGACCCUGGUUGGCCUGCUGACAGAUCAGCCUGAAGAAGUUCUGGUAAAUGUAGUGGGAGCUGUGGGAGAAUUCGCCCGGAUACCUGCUAACAAGGCCAUCAUCCGCAAGUGUGGAGGCAUCAAGUCGCUUGUAAACCUGCUCACUGGAACAAAUCAGGCGCUGCUUGUGAACGUAACCAACGCAGUGGGUGCCUGUGCUACGGAUAUGGAUAACAUGGCCAUCAUUGACCAGCUUGAUGGAGUCCGCCUGGUGUGGUCCCUCUUGAAGAACCCCAGUGCAGAAGUGCAAUCCAGCGCCGCAUGGGCCCUUUGUCCAUGCAUUAACAAUGCCAAGGAUGCAGGGGAAAUGGUGCGCUCCCUCGUCGGUGGAUUGGAACUGAUUGUUAAUUUGCUGAAGUCAACAAACAAUGAGGUGCUGGCAAGCAUCUGCGCUGCCAUCGCCAAAAUAGCCAAAGACAAGGAGAACCUGGCAGUCCUUACGGAUCACGGGGUCGUCCCGCUACUCGCCAAGCAGACUAACACGACUGAUGACAGGCUCCGUCGCCACCUUGCUGAGGCCAUUGGCCACUGCUGCAUGUGGGGCAGCAACAGGGUGUCUUUUGGUGAUGCUGGCGCCGUGGCCCCCCUUGUGCGUUACCUCAAGUCAAAAGACAAGGAAGUCCACCAGAGCACGGCUAUGGCCCUGUACCAGCUAUCCAAGGACCCCAACAAUUGCAUCACCAUGCACGAGAAAGGGGUGGUCAAGCCACUCAUCCACAUCAUGGGCUCUGAUGAUGAGAUGCUCCAGGAGGCUGCUGCUGGCUGCGUUCGCAACAUCCGACUGCUGGCCAUGGCUAACAGGAAGGCUGUGUUGUUUAAUUGACAGUCAAUUAUCACGGCAACUCUGGAAAUCUAAUGGGGACUGUACCAGAAACGACCUUAUCUCCUGGUUGUACCUUAUUUUACCUUAAAGUGUAAUAACUACCAUGAGUGAUCUGACUUGUAUCUGACAAAGCUUUCAAAUAAAAUGUUUUGUCUUGAC